AUGAGAGAAGUUAUCAGUGUUAAUGUCGGCCAAGCUGGUUGUCAAAUUGGUAACGCAUGUUGGGAGCUGUACUCGUUAGAGCACGGCAUUCGUCCUGACGGAUACCUAGAAGAGGGCCUUUCGAAGCCCAGAGGUGGCGAAGAGGGGUUCUCUACCUUUUUCAAUGAGACAGGCUCGGGCAAGUUUGUGCCUCGUGCUGUCUACGUCGAUUUGGAGCCCAAUGUGAUCGACGAGGUCCGUACCGGUCCUUACAAGGAUCUGUUCCACCCCGAGCAGCUGAUCAGCGGGAAAGAAGAUGCCGCCAACAACUACGCCCGUGGACACUACACUGUUGGUAGGGAGCUGCUCGACGACAUCCUAGAUAGAAUCAGAAAAAUCUCCGACCAGUGCGACGGCUUGCAAGGUUUCCUUUUCACGCACUCACUGGGCGGUGGUACUGGUUCUGGUUUGGGCUCUCUGCUGCUGGAGCAGCUGUCGAUCGACUACGGCAAGAAAUCCAAACUGGAGUUUGCUGUCUACCCUGCUCCUCAGGUUUCGACCUCUGUGGUCGAGCCUUACAACACCGUUCUAACAACCCACACAACGUUGGAACAUGCCGACUGUACUUUCAUGGUCGACAAUGAGGCUAUUUACGACAUGUGCAAGAAGAACCUGGACAUCUCCAGGCCAAGCUUCUCCAACCUCAACAACUUGAUCGCCCAGGUGGUGUCCUCCGUUACUGCAUCCCUAAGAUUCGAUGGUUCUCUGAAUGUGGACUUAAACGAGUUCCAAACAAACCUGGUUCCAUACCCUAGAAUCCAUUUCCCAUUGGUCUCCUACGCGCCAAUCCAAUCGAAAAGCAAAGCUCAUCACGAGUCCAACGCUGUCUCCGAAAUCACCAACGCGUGCUUCGAGCCCGGCAACCAGAUGGUCAAGUGCGACCCCAGAACGGGCAAGUACAUGGCCACCUGUCUUCUGUAUAGAGGUGACGUCGUGACAAGAGACGUCCAGAAUGCCGUUGCGCAGGUCAAGAACAAGAGAACCGUGCAGUUGGUCGACUGGUGCCCUACCGGCUUCAAGAUCGGUAUCUGCUACGAGCCACCAACGGCCACCCCUCAAUCACAGCUCUCGUCUGUCAACAGGGCAGUGUGCAUGCUCUCCAACACCACCGCUAUCGCUGAUGCAUGGAAGAGAAUCGACAGAAAGUUCGACUUGAUGUACGCCAAGCGUGCCUUCGUACACUGGUAUGUCGGUGAGGGUAUGGAAGAGGGUGAGUUCACUGAAGCUAGGGAAGACCUGGCUGCAUUGGAGAGGGACUACAUUGAGGUUGGUGCCGACUCUUACGCUGACGAGGAGGAAUUCUAA